GUCAAAACCUGCGAGGAGGCGCAUCGUGAAGCACGGGCUGCUUCAGGAGCCGCACACGCAACAAACCAGCGGUUCGCUUCUUCUGACACUUCUUCUUAUCUAUUCGCCAUGCGGCACGUGUACUCGGCAUUGCUCGUGGCAGCCUUGCACGUCUCGUGCAUCACGGCGCAGGUGCGCGUGCUGUCGCCGAAGGACCUGGUUGAGGAGAUCCGAGCGACUGGCGUGGAGAAUGGCGUCAUUCCAGGGACGACAGCCACGUUCGGCGCUCCCUUCUACGGCGAGGUGGUGCUGGGCCAGCUGCUGUACAACCACUCGGCCACGAGCCACUGUAAGGACGACUACAGCCUGACUGCACCCGUGGAAAUAGGGCGAGAUGGAGCCAAGCGGCUGCGCAUCUUUCUCGUCGACCGCGGCGAGUGUAAGCAUACACACACACGGUUCCAUUAGUGUACCAAUGUGUCAAUGCGUCAUCUUAUCAAAGGUACCUUCGUGACCAAAGUGAAAGUGGCGGAGGACAAGGACGCCGGUGCUGUCAUUGUGGUCGACUCGAAGAACUCGACUCUCACACGUGAGGACAUCGAGCACAUCAUCAUGGCGGACGAUGGCUGGGGCACCAAGAUCAAGAUCCCGUCGAUUCUCCUUACCCAUGCCGACGGCCAGCGGCUGAUCGACGCUGUGGUGCAUGCCCAGGAGGCCGGGAACAAGGACGAGCAGGCGGUGUUUGCUGAGCUGGAGUGGAACAUCCCUCAGAAGGAUGUGGUGGCCGUGGACUUCUGGACCGACGCCGCCAACGAGCAGGGCACCCGAUUCCUGGUGGACUACUCCAAGGACGCCGAGACCCUCAAGGGCCAUCUGCGCUUCUCGCCCCACUACCACAUUUUCUCUCUGCCUGUCGACUACAACGACCUGUGCAAGGACAGGAACACCGCCAAGUUCUGUGCCGACGACCCUGACGGCCCCGGGGACAUCACAGGUCACGAUGUGGUGCUGGAGGACCUCCGGCAGCUGUGUCUGUUCUCCGUGACGGCCGAGGAGAAUGUCGACGGCAUGAAGGACAGCCGGUACUCCAAGACCUUCUGGGACUACAUCGACCGCUUCGCCAAGGAGUGCCCCAUCGUCGACAAAGCCGCGGCCAGACCGCCCAAGGGCGUCAGCCCAGACGAGUACCGAUUCGGCGAGAAGUGCUCCUUGCGCAUCCUGCGGGGGCUGAUUCCAAAGAAGAUGCACGACUUCGAGACCUGCGUUAACGGGCCGGAUGGGCUGAAGCUGCUGGAGGAGGAGAGGGCGAACAUGGCGUGGAGCGUGCUGGCACUCAGAAUCAACGGAUGGAGGUGAGUGGGCGGAAAGGGGAGGAAAGGACGCAGCAUGCCGAUGUGUCUGUCUGGGUGCUGGUUCUCUGUCUGUCCGUUCGUCAGGUUUAGCGGCACGCUUGAGCGCAACUUGGUGACCAAGGCGGUCUGUUCAGGCUUUAUUGAACCACCGGCACCAUGCAAAACACUACUCAAGUGAGGACACAGCACGCGCACGGAGAGGGAGGGAGGGAGAGAGAGCAUACCAACAUGUCCCUCUGAUACGAUGGGUGCAUCCACAGGGAGAUGGAGGGCUCUCUGUCCAAGGUGACGGUCAACAAGGGUGUGGGUGCGGGUACCGUGACGCUGAUCCUGCUCAUGCUGGUGGUCAUCGUCGCCAUCGCCUUCUACUUCUACCAGUCGUAUCUGCGCAAGAGCGUGCGUACGGCUCUGCGUGAGGAGGUGAUGCUGGAGGUCAAGACGCAGAUGCAGGACUACCACCCCCUCGAAGAGGACGCCAUUCCUGAACAGCACCGGGAGUCGAGGCCACUCGUCAGUUAGCUGCCGGUCGUCGCGGUGGCCUGUGUCUGUGUGUCGCUCGUUUUGGCGUGCGGUCUGUUUUUUGGCCACCCAGCUGAUGCAUCUUUCUCGUGUCGGUCGGUCGGUGUCACUAAGUCACUCGCGGCGUUGUAGGGGGCGGGCUGCACGUCGCGUGUGAGGGCGUUGUGGCUUCCUAAAGCUAGCUGUAUUUGUGCGAUACACGGGUAGGUAGGUCAGGUACAUGUGUGUGUGUAUGUGGGCAGAGAGACCAGGAAGGAAGGAGCCUUCUGUCGUUCCAACACGACGCAGAAAGAGUUUAUCCAUCCCCUUGUGUUCGUUAGACACCCAGCAGCAAGCUCCCUCUUUGGUUUUUGAAGCGGUGUCGGUCGUCAUUCCACUGUCUAUUAUUUUUGCGCUGGUGUGUCUUGAGACAAACGUGGCCGUCAGGUUUUCCACGCCGACGGGCUGUGGGGAUGGACGGAUGCGUGUGAGGACUUGUUUAUUUACUGCAUGUGUGUGUAUACAUACGUUCAUUUACUGCAUGUGUGUGUAUACAUACGACAACCAGCGAUAGCAUCCGUGUCUCUGUAUAUUUUUGGCCUGUCUGGCUUCCUUCCUUUCUCGUGUAUGUGCUGCCUUCCCCCCACCCCCCCCCAGCUCGGCUCAGCCCGAAUGGCGCAUGCACCAACCCAUCAUCACUGACGAGUGAGUGUGCGAAGUGUGCUGCCUGCCUCAGGACCCCGCCUUGCCUCCCUGUCGGCAGCAGCGUAUUUUGCGUGUGUGUGUGUGCGGAUGCGCGUCCGUGUACAGUCAGCCCGCCCCACCCACCCCCUACUAGCUAGCCUUUCCUGUGGUGAUGGAAUCAGCCUCACUUUUUUCCCCGUCCGCCGCGUGACACCUGUGCGUGAAUUCGCGUGUUUUGACCUGUCUGCGUGUGUGUGCCCGUGACCUACUGCAUGUAUGUGCCCG